AUGUAUCCAGUGGUUCAGCGAGCCCAGAUUCAGGGGAGGAGCCAGGAGCGUCGUUUUGGCCACCUAGGUUGUAAAGUAGCGCUGAGAGUACCAAUACCGCCUGGGCAGAUGACUUGGAUACUAGAUGGCCCCAAGUGUUCGAAUGCUAAGAACAUCACCGAGGCCAUUGACGGCAGCUUAAGAAAGGUUACAUUGAUCAUUGGCGUGAUGGGUUUUGUAUCUAGAUUAAGUGUUUUCGGAAGCUAUGUUCCCAUGUUUGGAGAAACUGAGUAUGAUCCAACCCGACAUUUUUGUUCGAUUCCUAUAGACAAACAACUUGAUGCUCUUGGACGAGCUGUUGAUUCUGGUAAGAUUAGAUAUGGGGUGAUGAGGUUUGUUCAGGUAGCUGAAAGGGGCACUCACCAUCCAAAGAUUGUCUCUGUGCAGAAUUCGUACAGCUUGGUCUGA